AUGGGUGCCAAUACCAUCACCGUAAUCAACAACUCCACCUCUGACGUUUCCGUCAGUGUCACAUACCACGGGAACGAUUUUCAAAAGGGCGGAAGCGAGCUCUGGACUUCUCUUAAAGCAAAUGGGGGAAGCGACACCUGGAAUUAUAGGGCCGACAAUCAAAUCGUUAGAGUAGCUAGAAGUCAGAAUGCUGGAACAGGAAUCGAGUCAUACCUUGCUGUGCCAGGAAAGACUGUCUACAUCAACUAA